AGCAAUCCAGAUGUGCAUUCGCUGCAGGAGACAGGGACAGACUUGUCUCUCUUGACACACACCAGGUGCAAUACAGGAGGUUUCAAUUUCCUAAUUCUGGUGAGGAAAAACACUUCGGAGCUCAUCCAGCCAGCCGCUGAGACGGGCACCCACAAGCAUGGACACUGAAGACAGCAUCACGGAGCAGGUCUGCCAGGAGUCAGAGGUCCAGGAUGGCGAGUGAGUGUCAGAUCAUGGCAGGUUGGGGGUAACGUGAAAGGCCAGUUCCCAUCACCUACGCUUGCUGACAGACCUGACCCAGGCCCUCUCCAGCUGAACUCAGCCCAACCUCUGUGUGACACCCAGUAAACCCCCCAGCCCCACCCACAUCCCCUGCUGGCACCCUGCAUUAGCACAUGGGGAGAGCGGGUCCUGCCUCAGCAAAGCGGGCCAAAGAGGUGGGUGUGCUGGGGGCUUCUGUUCCUGUUCUGCGCCUCAGCAACAGGGCUUCAUUUAAGAGGUGGCUUGGCUGGGACUCCUGUGAACCAAGGAGGAGGAGGCCGGUGAGGAAGAAGCCAGCUCCGCAAAAGCCCACUGAGAGAGGCUGUAGGGGGCCUGGAGCCAAAGAAACACCGGCCCCAUUGCCGUGGUUACUGGAGGCUCUUGUGGAACAAGCGAGGAGUCAGGUAUGGCAGCCUUCUCCUCCAGCUGCCCCCGGGAGGCCUGAUUCUGAUCCCACUGCUCCCUGUGGUGGCCCCACCGUCAAGGCAUUGCCUCCACCGUCCAGGGGUCCAGGCUCGCCAUGUCGGCUUGUGCUUGUCUCCUGCAGGCUGCGGGAAGUGGAGGUUGCAGGCCACAAGGUGUUGCUGGUGAGGAGUAAGAUGGAGUUCAGUGCUGUGGGGAGCAAGUGCACACAUGCAGCAGCCUCUCUCAGCAAAGGAGUCUUGGCGGGUAACAGACUGCGCUGUCCCUGGCAUGGUGCCUGCUUCAAUAUCAGAACUGGAGACAUUGAGGAGUACCCAACUCUGGACUGUCUUCCCUGCUUUAAGGUGCGAGUGGAAGACGGGAAGGUAUUUAUUACUGCAAAAAAAAAGGACCUUGAAAGUGACCGAAGGCUGAAGGCCAUGAGUGAGCGAUGCAGGAGCAACGAGAACACAAUGCUGCUCCUGGGUGGAGGUACAGCUGCACUGGUCUGUGCAGAAACACUUCGUCAGGAAGGCUUUACAGGCAGGAUCAUCAUGGUAACCAAAGAAAAGCAUGUCCCAUAUGACAGGACCCAACUAAGCAAGGCGAUGGAUAAGACACUAGAGAGCAUUUACCUGCGGCAGCAGGACUUCUUUGAGGCUCAUGGCGUAGAAGUUUGGACCGAAAAAGAGGUGGUGUCCGUGGACACACAGGGGCAGAAAGCCCACUUCCAGGAUGGGGCCUUCCAGAGGUACGACCAGCUCCUCAUUGCGACAGGCAGCAGCCCCAGGCAGCUCCAGUGCCCUGGCUCAGACCUGGAGAAUGUGUGUUCCCUGCAAACCCCAGAGGAUGCUAAGAGGAUUCUCCACCUAGCAACUGGCAAGAGGGUGGUGAUUCUAGGCGCGUCAUUCAUUGGGAUGGAGGUAGCUGCCUUCCUUUCAGACAAGGCCAGCACCAUCUGCGUGGUGGGAAGAGGAGAGUUCCCCUUCCAGGCAGUGCUGGGGCCUCAGGUCGGAGGCGUUGCCAUGAAGAUGCUGCAGAAUAAAAGAGUGAAAUUCUACAUGAAGGCUGAAAUCUCUGAGCUGCGAGGAGAGAACAGAAAGGUCACAGAGGCUGUUUUGGCCAGUGGAGAGACGCUACCUGCAGAUGUGGUGGUGGUGGGAAUAGGUGUCACCUCCAACUCAGGGUUCCUGAAGGACACUUCAAUUGCUCUGGACCGCAGAGGCGCCAUCCUGGUGGAUUUGUUCAUGCAAACCAACGUCCCAAGAGUCUUUGCUGCUGGGGAUGUGACUUCAUUUCCAGUCACGCUGUUCGGUGGGACGACCGCCACCAUCCGUCACUGGCAGAUGGCACAGGCUCAUGGUCACAUUGCUGCUUUAAACAUGCUGAAGAAGCAGAAGGCAUUGCACACAGUUCCCUUCUUUUGGACCUCGCUGCUUGGAAAAAGCAUCCGCUAUGCAGGCUAUGGGAAAGGAUACACAGAUACUGUUGUGAAGGGAAAUCUGGAGCAGCUGAAGUUCUUGGUCUUUUACAUCAAGGAUGAUUAUGUGAUUGCAGUAGCCAGCCUGAACUUUGACCCCAUGGUCUCCCUGGUAGCCGAGGUCAUGUACUCUGGCAGACAGAUCUCAAAAGCAGAGGCCCAGUCCUCGGAUAUAACCUGGAUGAAGCAAGCCUAACCUGAGACUGUCUAGGGGCUCAGUAAGACCCCCGCAGGCAUAAUCAUUUCCCAUACCCCGUCCUCCCACUUAGGAGAAAUAAAAACCAGCAUGAAAUAGA